AUGAAGCCACGGCUGAAGAUCUCUGUUCCCAAGUUUGAUAACUCGGAUCUCAUAGCCAGCUACUCCAAGACUCUCAUUGGAAGGUGUAUGAAUCCUCUGGUUCAAGAUGUGAAGACUCUUUUGUAUCUCUUCCCGAGAUUUUGGGGUGUCGAAGGUCGUGUGGCGGGAGUCGAUUUGGGGCUUGGGCGUUUCCAAUUCAAUUUUGAUUUGGAAGAGGAUAUUGUGGAGGUCCUCAAAAUGGAACCCUUCCAUUUUGACUUAUGGAUGGUUGCGUUGGUGAGGUGGAAACCUGUUCUUGAACCAAACUACCCUUCUAGUCUCACCUUUUGGGUUUACGUCCAGGACAUGCCACUCCAAUUCCGUGUUACUCAAAUUUUCCAAGCUGUUGGAGAAGCUUUGGGUUUGGUUAAAAGUCCGGUAGAUCUCGUGGAAGGUAGAGUACGUGUGGAGAUUGAUGGUUUCAAGCCAUUGGUGUUUUCGGCCACUGUUGAGAUAGGAGAAGGUGUGGAGAUUACAGUUAAAUUAUGGUAUGAAAGAUUGAUAGGUUAUUGCAAGGAGUGCUUUCACCUUACUCAUGACCAUUUGAAAUGUCCGAAGUUGAUCAAAGCUUUGCCUGAAACCUCCACUGGUGGUGACCCUUUCCUUGAUGGAGCUAAGGCGACUAGUUACAAAGCUGCUGUUGUUCAUGGUGACAAGUUAAAUGGUGAGCGCAGAGCUGGUCAUCAAAACCGGUUUCCAGGUUCUCGAGUUGGUGUUAAAGGUAAAGGCUUAAACAAGGAUCUUCAGGGAGAGGGGAAAAUUGAAGGUUCUUUCCACCCCUAUCGUGAGAAAGGACAAAGAGGUUACAAGGUUUCACAGUAUGGGUUUAGAAGGAAUGGGAAUCAGCCUAGGAAUCUACAUCCAGCACAGGCUAAGGAAGGUGACCGUGAUCAUGGUAAAUCAGAGAAGCUUAUGUUGGACGCUUUCAAAGGGGAGAUGUUGUCUUCUCCUGUUAGGAGGGUACAGCAAGACACAAAGGCGGGUGGAGGUACUCUUUCAAAGGCUCGUAAAGCUCUUGUUUUUGAGGAUGAGGUGGUAGAGAAUGCAGUUGACACUAACCCUCUUGAGGUUUCCUCCCUCGUAUUGGCGAACUCCAAUGCUGGCCUUGAUGAUGUAACAGAAAGUGAUACUUCUGGUUUAGUGCAAAGACAGCAAGAGGCAGAUGGGGAAAAUCUGAAUGAUGAAGGUAUGAUGUUAUCGGACUCGGAGCUUUUGGCGGAGGAUGGAGAUUUGGAGUGUUGGGAAAAUGGUGCGGAAAUGGAGUUUAUGGAGGAUAAUGACCUGGUUUGUAAUGAUCAGGCUCUGGCUGAGCUUGAGAUCGCUGGUGAUCAUCUGUUGCCUAGUUCGGAAGAUAAGGCAAUGGAAGAUAAGGCAAUGGAAGAUUCAACUAAGGUGGGUAAUGAAUUGCCUGAAAUCAAGGCAAUGGCGCAGCAUGGGAUUGGGACUGUGGAUGGGCCUUCCAAGAAACGAGGUGCUCCGAUUUUUGUCUCUCCACGUAAGAAAUUGUUGGCUCAAGCGGCUGCCAAGGUGGGUGAGAAAGGGAAUAGGAAGGGGGCUGCUAAGCCUAAGCUUCCUCCACAGUAA